UGAGCAAUCUGUCUUCAGUCCUAUCUUGUUCAAAUUCUGAGCAAUCUGUCUUCAGUCCUAUCUUGUUCAAAUUCUGAGAAAAAAUGGGCAACACUUCCUGCUGCUGUUCGUGCUGUGCUCCUCAAGAAGAUUAUCAAGAUGUUAUCAAUGAACUCGUCGCAAUGGAAGAGAUGAGUCACAUUGAUGAAUUGAUUUCUUACAUUGAUCAACUCUUGAAUGCCAUUGCCCAGGGAAGUAAUGAUUCAAUUGCUCGUCUUUCCAAGACGAAUCGAGUGACCUCUUCUAUCACUUCUGGUGGCAGUUUAUUGGAGAAGAUAUUGAAGAGAUCUAACAGACACAUAUGCAAGAGAGACAUUAUGCCAAAGCUUAACCGCGAAACACGGAAAUUGGUGAUUGAUGUCACAAAUCAAAGAGCGCAGAUUAAGUGGGUAGGAGUAGCGCUUUCAGUUGUAGGUUUUGUGUUGGAAAGAAUUGAACAAGUUUCUUCCAACAGAGAGGAAUGUAUAGUGCUCCUCAAACAUAUGUGUAAGCUUGCAGAAUACAUCAAGCAGUUGGAGGAUCAUUUUUCUCAGUAGAAGCUGAAUCGGGUUUUCCAUUUUAUUGUGGAAGGCUCCCUCCUCUGCAUAUCGCAAAUGCAAUCUCAACCGCUUUCCAAGUAAAUACAAUUUUAUGCAUUGUGAAUUUUCCUCUGUCAUGUGAUGUUCAUAUUUCAACUGCUUUAUAAUGACGAAUCUUUAUUUACUUUUGAUGGCCAAAUAGAUUUUUUGCUGCUCCGGUUGUGGCUGAAGAUUUGCAGACAGGCCUGGAAUUUGACGGUCACCCCUGCUUGUCAUAUGAAUUUUUGAUGACGGUUUAGUCAUUUCAAUGCCUAUUUGACAUUUUAAGAAAAAUAUUAACUGUCAAAAAUAUAAGAGUAGAAGAUUGAAGCAAUGAAAAUCAAUGCACAUCUUUCUUGGGAAGAAAUGAAAAUCAUUAUCUU